AUGUCUGCUACUCCAGAAAACCACAUUGUAUGUGUUGGCGCCGUCUACAUCGAUACCAUCCUGACUGUCCCGCAUUUCCCUAUUGAAGAUGAAAAACUGCGGGCAAAGAGCAUCACGCGACGAAGAGGCGGCAACACAGCAAAUAGCCUAGAGGUCCUAUCACAACUGCUAGAGCACGAUCAACCACAAUCUCCUGCCGUGACAAACCUGCACUUGCUGGCGGUGCUUCCGAGCGAGCAAUCCGCCGCCUCGCACUUUAUCCGCGAGUCUCUCCCGGCCGUCAAUAUCGCUGGCCUGAGCCUGUUUCGGGAAGACCACCAGGACGCGGCGUCGAGCUACAUUAUCCAGAGUGCCGUCAGCCGGUCCCGCACCAUUGUUAGUAUCAACGAGCUAGCCGAGAUGCAAGCGUCAGAGUUCUGCACGCAAAUUCGCCGCUCAGCCCCGGCCUGGGACAGGGCAUGGAUCCAUUUCGAAGGCCGCAUCCCAGACGUCACGCAUGCGUGCGUGGCCUUUCUGCGCAGCGAGUUCCCGCGCUUCGGCCUCAGCGUCGAGUGCGAGAAGCCCGAGCGCACGCACAUGGCCGACGUUGCUACGCUCGCGGAUGCUGUGUUUUACUCGAAGCUGUGGGCGGAGAAAAAUGGGUUCCGCGAUCCGAGGAGCUUCCUUGAGGCCCAGAUCCGUGAUAAACGAGAGAAUGCAUUGCUGUGCUGCACAUGGGGAUCUGGGGGCGCCGUGGCAGUCAAGAAAGACGGCGUUGAAGCGACGUGGGCGCAGGUAAAAGCGUGGCAGAGUGCCGAGUCAACGGGAGUCGUUGAUACGAUUGGUGCUGGGGAUACGUUUAUUGCAGGCAUGCUGUUUGCGCUUAACAACCAUGCUGAAUGGCCGUUGCAGCGGAAACUCGAGUUUGCGAAUGAGCUGGCUGGGCGCAAGGUGCUGCAGGAAGGCUUUGGCAAUCUGGGUGCCAAGAUGUGGUAGUCUAUACUGGCACUUGCAUCCAAGUUUGGGCUUUACCAGCAUGCCUUUCUCUGUCAGAUUUGCAUGGCCUGAGUGAUGAUGCAGUCUGAGACCAAGACAGGGUCAAUAUGCUAAAUGACAUUCUUUCGCAGUGGUGAUUUUAAAU